CUGAUCGUGUACGUGUCGGGCCGGCCCGACAUGCAGAAGCAGCGCGUGGUGGCGUGGCUCUCGCAGCACAACUUCCCGCACGGCGUGGUGUCCUUCUGCGACGGGCUGGUGCACGACCCGCUGCGCCACAAGGCCAACUUCCUCAAGUCGCUCAUCGGCGAGGCGCAGAUGAGGAUUUUCGCGGCCUACGGCUCCAACAAAGACAUCUCGGUGUACUCGUCCAUCGGCCUGCCCCCCGCCCAGAUAUACAUCGUGGGACGGCCCACCAAGAAGAUGCAGCACCAGUGUCAGGUGAGGCCUCACAGCCCCCGGGAUAAGAUCCAGAAGAGCUGGGAACUCUGUGAUUUCAUAUCGGAGGGCUAUGCGUCCCACCUGUCCCAGCUGGAGUACAGCCAGAGGUCCCGGCCCGCCAAGCCCCCCAGCGCCCGCAUGGUCCUGCGUAAGGGCAGCUUCGCGCUGGGCGCCGCGGGGGGGGGCGGCGACUUCCUGCGCAAGCGGAACCACAUCUUCCGCACCAUCUCGUCCCAGCAGCCCGGGGGGGGGGGGGCGGGGGGGCCCGGCCCGGGGGGCCGCCCCCAGCGCACCCUGGGCCAGUGCGAGGGGGGGCGGGGGGGGGGGGGGGGGGGGGGCCGGCCCGGGGGGGCGGCCCGGGGGCCACCCGGGGCCGGGGGGGGGGCGGGGGGGAGCGGGGGGGGGGGGCGGCCCCCCCCACCCAGAGGAGCAUGA